AUGUUAAGACCGCGAUCAAUCAGACCGCUGUCGCGAGGCCUUGGCCAAGCCUCUUCUUCCAUCACAAAGUCUGCAUCAUGUGCAGGUAGACGUGGGCUGGCGACGGUGGUCGCGGAAGAGAAGGACCCUGUAGAGCUCGAAGAAAUCACGACCCUCCCUAAUGGUAUUCGCGUUGCGACCGAAGCCCUCCCAGGGCACUUCUCCGGCAUUGGAGUGUACGUCGAUGCCGGUUCGAGAUAUGAAAACGAUGCGCUGCGGGGCGUGAGCCAUAUCAUAGAUCGAUUAGCUUUCAAGUCAACAGCUUCUGCGAACGGAGAUCAGAUUGUAGAGAAGAUCGAGUCAUUGGGCGGCAACAUCCAGUGUGCAUCUUCGAGAGAGUCACUCAUGUACCAGGCCGCAACCUUCAACUCCGCCGUGCCGACCACCGUAGGCCUCCUCGCGGAUACCAUUCGCAACCCGCUCAUCACCGAGGAAGAAGUUCAACAGCAGCUGGAAACGGCAGACUAUGAGAUCGGCGAGAUAUGGUCGAAGCCCGAGCUGAUCCUGCCCGAGCUGGUGCACAUGGCGGCUUACAAAGACAACACCCUGGGCAACCCGCUGCUGUGCCCGAAGGAGAGAUUACCGCACAUCAACCGCGCAGUCGUGGAGGCCUAUCGUAAGGAGUUCUACAAGCCGGAAAGACUGGUCGUUGCAUUUGCUGGUGUGGAGCAUAAGGAGGCUGUUCGGCUAGCAGAAAAACAUUUCGGUGACAUGCAAAAGGGAACUGGGCCAUCGCUCAUCCAGACUGGUGGGGAAAGCAGCAUUACUGAACAACCGACCUUCACAGCAUCGCAUCCAACACCGACCGGCGCUCCUCCGCAAUCUUCGAAACUCCUGUCUAAGAUACCCUUCUUCAAGAACCUCUCCACAUCCGCAACAUCAAACGCUUCCGUAAACGCCUCCUUUGAUCUUAACUUCCCUCCGAUAGAUACCUCUGUCCCGUCGCAUUACACUGGCGGCUUCCUCACCCUCCCUCCGAUACCCCCUCCGCUAAACCCUGCUCUUCCUCGUCUCUCGCAUAUUCACCUUGCCUUCGAAGCACUUCCUAUCUCCUCUCCUGAUAUCUACGCUCUUGCAACUCUCCAGACGCUGCUGGGCGGUGGCGGCUCCUUCAGCGCGGGUGGCCCCGGCAAAGGCAUGUACUCACGCCUCUACACCAAUGUACUCAACCAGCAUGGUUGGAUAGAGUCCUGCAUCGCUUUCAACCACUCGUACACCGACUCUGGUCUCUUCGGAAUCGCCGCAUCAUGCGCACCCGCUCAGGUCUCGCAGAUGCUGGAAGUCAUGUGCCGUGAACUGAACGCUCUCGGUUCAGAAACGGGCUACGCUGCGUUGAGGGAUCAGGAAGUACAGCGUGCGAAGAACCAGCUGAGGUCCAGCCUACUCAUGAACCUUGAGUCCAGGAUGGUGGAGCUUGAGGAUUUGGGAAGGCAGGUCCAGGUUCAUGGUCGCAAGGUUGGCGUCAAGGAGAUGUGCGCCAAGAUUGAGGCCGUCACUAUCCAGGAUCUGCGCCGGGUAGCUAGGCAAGUGUUCGGUGGAGAGGUGAAGAACACGGGUGAUGGCAGCGGAGCACCGACCGUAGUAUUGCAAGAGGGCGAACAAGAAGGGCUGAAGAGGAAGGACUUUACGUGGGAUGAGAUACAGACGAGAAUCGCAAGGUGGAAGUUGGGCAGGAGGUAG